GCUUGGCUUAAAUCCAAUUUAUAAUUGACAAUAUCUAAUUAUUUACGCCCGCGUAUUAUGUCACAUAAAUAUAGCAGUUCAUAACAUGAAUGGAGUUGAAUCGGAAGUAAAUGUUUUACCACAUAAAUUUGAUAUGGUAAACAUGGAAGAUAAUACGAUAAGAGAAUAUUGUCCUAUCAUCCCACUUGGCAAAUCAGCGGUUCAACGCCAAAUGACGCCUCGAGAAAUUAAUACGUUGUACAUCUGUAGAGAAGAUAUUCGAGGCAACAUCGAUCCCGUAUCAGUAGCUUCAACACUUCACAGACAGGGUAGAUUAACACAGUCUGUAUACUCCAGCAUUAUGAAUAUGUUCAGGCAAGAUAUGGACAGAGAAUGUAUCACAGAAUUUUUUAUCAGUCACGUCCCUUUCAGCAUGAAUUUAGAAUAUUUUGUGCAAGUGCUUGAUGAAUGCGGUUAUAGGAAAAUAGCGACCCACCUAUUUCUAACUUAUAUAACAGGAGGUAUUACUUGUGUCAAUAAAUCAACAUCCGGUCAAAGACCUGCAGUUCAUAAUUUUUUCCGGAAUCUAAAACGCAUGGUACAUGAUGCUCAGUUUCAGAAUCCUCGAUUAGCUCUUAGGCAAUUAGCGAACAGGUUCGUGGACCAAAUGCAAAACGAAACAAACCCAGUUCGGAGACAGCUAUUAGCCGACAAAUGUAUCGCUAUUAUUGGGGCAGAAAUCGACGCAAUUGCUAUAACAUUUGAUAAACGCCUUCGUGAACACGACGUAUUUACACAGAUGAAACAGUUAGUCUCCGAAACAAGCAACACAUCUGUUACAGACGUCGUUUAUCUCGGUCGUUUAGCUAAUGCAAAUUCAAUAGCUGGAAAUUUUCAUAACAGUGAAGACAUGCUAACUGAAGCCCGAUGUAGGGCAUACAAUACUGGGCCAUGUUUAGAACUCGUGAAUAUGCUGUAUAUAGAAGUCUACGUAAAGCUGUGGGAGUUUGAAAAAUAUCCGUCGGAAGAGCUAAGAAAGCAGUUGAUGAUGUGGGGAAGAAUAGGGCUUGAAAGUCUUGAACAUGAAGAUGUAGAUACCAAAACUCUCUGGAGACGAAUGUUUAUAUUACGAAUGGUCUUUUGUCUUCUUGGGAUUGGGAACAGGGCAAAUGUUAUUGAAAACUGUCCGGUUGACAAAGAUUGUUUGUCUCAAGCGCGAAAUCUUCUGAGUGACAUUGAUCGCACCUGGUACGGUAUUGAAACCAGGAGAAAGAUGUUUUACUUUGUCGCUAAAGCAAGACUUGGUGAACUAACAAAUAGUAUUACGGAAUGCAUUGAAAAUAUCAAGGUUGCACGUAAACUAGCCAAUGAUGGACAUUUUGAGGAAAUUAAAUUCAUCGCAGAAUAUUAUGAAAAAGUCACACAGCAAAUUGGAAAUCAGCUGGCAAGGCAAUCGCUCAUUGAAAGACAUCAAACGAGGAAUUUUGUGCUGCUUAAACGCGAAACAAAUGACUCUACGACUUGUUUAGAAGAAAGGUGUAUAUUAGCUGCAGCAGAUGAACACCGAGAAUUUGUUUUAUUGAAAAACGCAACUGAUAUACCCUUUUCUGUAGAAGAAAGUUAUGAAAUAUGCGAAGAAUUUGACUCGAAGAAAUAUUUUUCGCUAACAAAUGUAAGUCCUUGUUCGAACACUAAACCACUGACUUACAAACCGAUCGCUUGUGAUGAGGAGAACAACUUUGUUCUGUUUAAGUCUUUCAAGGCGUCUAUAGAUCCUGGGCAAAAUUUAAAUACAAAUAAUAUCCAGCGAUCCAGUGUUUAUAAUAAUCAAUCACAUGAGCUUCCUGACAGCCCAACUUUCACAAGAAACUUCGUUUUGCUACAUACAUCACAUGACGGUUCUGUGCUACCGCUGUUUGAUGACGAUAUGAUACCAACUUGCCCUACAGACAAUGUUCCAUUCAUGAGUCUGACUUCUACAGAACAAACGGAGGCAUUAAGUAAUCAGUUGGUUUUAACUGACCUACAUAACCGAUCACACAAUUUCUUAUUGAUCAAUUCACAUGAUUCAGACUCUGUUCGUAGGGAAAUACCACCAAACUUCUGUAAUCACAGGCUUUUGUCUUGUGUUCUGCCGCAAAGACUUGAAUCAUCAACUUCCAUUGCGGAACAAGUCGAAAACAUUGCAAAUAAUGACCCUGGGACAGACAUUAAAGAGACUUUCUGGCAACACAAUCAUCGUCUAAUGAGCCUGAAAGACGAUCCGCCACAGUUUACACAUGUCGGAAGUACAAGACAUGAACAACAAUACUUUCAAGCAAGGGAAGCAUCUGUCAUUAGUGGUGCCUGGAAAACUUUAGAACAUGUUUCUUCUUCACAGCUGACCAGCAACUAUAUACCGUCAGCGGCAGUACGUCAUAGAUGUAUUGUGAAUCCUCAUGAGGGUUCGACAUUUAUUCCGGCACCAUCAUUCGAUCAAAGACAACCAACACUUAACCAGACAGUUCGUGCAGUGGUAACACCAUCUGAUGUGAAUGGCAGAUACGUCACAAUAGACCCUGAUCACAGAUUGAAUAUUCAGUUUAAAGAAUCAUCUGUAGAUACUUCAGAUUCUAAAGCAUUAGAGCCAACAUCGAACCUUAUUCCAGCUGAUGCUUGCUAUGACUUACCAAGAUAUUAUAUAGUACAACCGGACGAGCAUACAGCAACGGCUCCUAUGCCCGGUGACAGAUCAGAACCAAGUGGAUGCUCUGAAGAAGAUAUUUUUCAAAUCCUUCCCAAUCAACCCAACUCAAAUAUGUACGGAGUAUAUAGACAUAAAAACGCUGUUGUCGACCAAGAAAACCCUGAGGUACAAGCAUGGUCUUUUCAAAGUGAUGAAAUGUUUGGGGAUUAGCAGAAUCUCAUAGAAAAAAAUACGUUACUGCAUAUGGUUCAUUGAUUAACAGAAUUUUGAUUAGACAGCCACAAUCUAAUAAUUCUCGUUAAUGUUUCCUUGUAAACAUGAUCCAACGAAACACCCAACUUAGUCUUUACAAUUUACCUUUACGCCAAUAAAUUUCUAAAAUGGACUGGUCUAAUAUUCAAUUUGGGCAGUGUCAUUUAUUAUUCGAAGGGGUGUUAAAUGAAAUUGUACUGACUGAAUAACGAAAAGUGCAGACCAUGAUCAGCCUGAAAGUGUAUUAAUUAAUAUCUAUACACUUAAGGCCAUUUCUAACCCGACCUAUAUAAUGCCACGUAGUUCGAUAAUUUUUGAACGGAUUAACACAUUAGACUUAUUUCCCCAUAAUUUAAUUGCAACUGAUAAUUAUACAGGUAUAAAACUUAACAAAUAAAAAUAUCACUGUAAAAUCCGAAUUCACAAAAUUGCAUAUCGCAAAAUUCUAAUAAUGUGAAAAGUAACUGAAUCACAGAGUAGUUUGUGCGUCAUUAAUACUUCAUGUCUGUGUCAUCCCACGACCCUCACAACAUGCACACACCUCUGCCUCAUCGGCAGCACGCAGUUCCGGAUGGCCAAAUGGCGAAUAUCGUGUGCGCUGAAUCUUCUGCAGGUGGACACAAGUCUGCCAAAGACUCGAGCAACCUGUAAAGGAAAUAAUUCAACAUUAAAACUUAACUGAUAAAUGAUUACAGUAUGUACUUUUGUAUUAUAAUUUAUUGUGAAUAGAUUCAUUUUGUAAGUAUUCGCAGUCGAAAUAUCGUUAAAAAUAAAAUCCGAUUUACCUACGUAUCAGAGUGAAUGUCCGGCUUGCAAUAUGCAGAUUGCGCGACCGCGCUCUUGGAUAUUCCUCCUAACCGUUAUAAUUUUAAAAGCUAAAUUAUGUUUUUGUUUUCAGGGUGAAUAGAAUUCUAGAAUAACUAAAUGAAAAUAAAAAUCGGUAUUUUAGUUUACCAAAAUUUCCUCGUGCAAAGUUGGCCUAUUGAAAUCGUGCACAUACCAUGCUUGCGCAAAACUGCUGAAUCGUCACGGCUGAAAUAUUUUAGAACUUCUGUACAAACAACUGUAUGUAUAGUUUCAAACUUUAAGGUAUCGCCACAGUCACAACUCAAUAUCAGUUCAUAUUUUCAGGCCGAGUAUUUUUCUCUUAAAAAUUGCACUAAAGCCUUAACAGUUGGUCAAAUUAUCAUCAACAUAGAAGCAUAUCAAAAAGACAAAAUUUAGUUCUUUUUGAAGUACAAUAUGUAUACUACAAAUUCAUAAGGAAUUUUUGUCGAAAUUGUUCCUAGUUAUUGCAGUAGACACAAAAAGACAAACCAAUGUAACUUUAAUUUAAAAUGUUGUUUAUACAUGCAUUACUGACCACAGCUAGCUAGGUAAACCAGUACACAAUCCUAUAUAUAUCACCUGUUUAUAUACAUGUAAAUUAUGUGUGAACAGAUAAAGCACAUUACCGUAUUGAUGUAUGUAAUUAUGUAUAUUAGUAUUUUAUUUUCUACAUUUUUGUUACUGUAGAUCUACUUUAUUUUAUGCUAACUAAUGAACUACUGUACUCUAUCAGUUAAAUAUUUUUAUAUCUCAUCACUCACAAUGCGAAAAAAUGAAAUCUAUAUUUUCACACUAUGAGAGAUAUAGCUCCGCCCCUCAUACAUGUGUAUGAAUUUUAAAUUAUUUGCUUAAAACAGGAUGAAAAUUGUAAGUCGCACUUUGUUCUUUAUAGUAUAUUUCUCGAUUCAAAUUAUUUUACUUAAUGAGAAUUUCAUAACGUUAUGCAGCAAAAAAUAAAAUACAAUGGAACUUUAUGUUGUGUGCGUCUUUCUAACGUCACAACACGUCUAACGUCAUGUCUGUUUACGCGCGUCUGUUUCCCGCGCUGAGAGGAAGUUUACCUCAGAUUGUUCUCACUGUUAUAUGACACUGUUAUACUUGCUGAAAAUCACUUAGAACUACAGAAUGCUUUGUAUGCUAUGCACCAAUAUUGUAAAUUGUGGGGUCUACAAGUUAAUGCUGGUAAGACAAAAGUUGUUGUUUUCAGCAGGUCAAAACGCAAGAGGAAUCAGUAUAAGUUCUAUUACGAUAAUAGUGAACUUGAUAUUGUAGAUGAAUUUUCUUAUCUUGGUGUGAAAUUCAGUUAUAAUGGUAACUUUUUGAAAACUAAAAAACUUUUAGUUGAUCAGGCCAGAAAAGCAAUGUUUGCUCUGAUUGCCAAAGUCCGUAAACUGAACUUGCCGUUCUCUUUACAACUGCAUUUGUUUGAUGCAACAGUAACGCCAAUAUUACUAUAAGCAUCGGAAGUAUGGGGUUUUGAAAAUAUUAAGAUAAUUGAACAGUUUCAACUUAAGUAUUGUAAACUUUUGUUUAGACUUAAAUCUUCUACACCAAAUGUUAUGUUAUAUGGUGAACUGGGUAUUAAACCCAUAACUUUGCUUAUUAAAGCAAGAUUAUUAUGUUACUGGAGUAAGAUAUUGAAUGCAAAGAAUGACAAGAUUUGUGGAAUCCUGUAUAGAACAAUGUUAACUUUACAUAAUACAGGUACUUUUAGCUCUCCAUGGAUUGUAUAUGUUAGAAAUUGUUUGAACGAACUAGGAUUGUCUGAAUAUUUCAUAAAUCAAAAAGUUGACAAUGUAUUUCAUUUCAAGGCUCUAGCAAAAACAAGGUUAUAUGAUCAGUUCUUGCAGUCCUGGAAUAGCACUGUUAAUGACUCUUCAAAAUGCUAGGUGUACCGUAUUUUUAAGCAGAAACAUUGCUUUGAAGAGUAUCUUGAUAUAUUACCUACAAAUUUAGCCUUAUCACUGUGUAAGUUUCGUACUACAAAUCAUAGAUUACCUAUUGAAAAAGGCAGGUUCUUAGGUAUUGAAAGAGAACGGCGACUGUGUGGUUUUUGUUCGAAUAACUGUCUCGUUGACGAAUAUCAUUACGUUAUGGAAUGUCAGUUAUUUGUAAAUGUCAGAACUAAAUAUUUGGAACAGCAUUAUUUGAAUAAUCCAAACACCUACAAAUUCGAGAAGCUUAUGAAUAGCAAUGACAAACCUUCACUUAUUAAACUUGCUCUGUUUUGUAAAUCCAUUAUGUCGUGUUUUAGCUAGCUAGAUGUUACACUUUGUUAAACCUUAUUUUAUACAAUUCAUUCUCCGUGUAAAACAUAUUUUAGCAUAUCCUCAUAAUUUUAGACUUGUUAACGCUUAUUAUGACUAAAUCCCUGUCAGUUGUUUGUACAACUAUAUAUAGUCUUUUUCUCUAGUCAUUCAGAGUAUUGUAAGUAGUAUCCAUAUGUAUAUUCUACUUACUGUCAAAUGUUACUUUUCUAGUCAUUAAGGUAAAUAUAAGUAUUUGCAUCUAUUGUAAAACUUACUUAUUCCAAUUAUGAACUUUAUAACAACCAACUAUAUGCAUUCCACACUGAUGUUUUAUUUGUUAUGUUAUACUGUUAUAGUCUCAUGCAUGUAAUAUGCCAUGACUAAAUGGAUAAACUUGAAACUUGAAACUUGAGAAUAAAAAUUGUUGCAAAAUGCACAUCUCAACGUAAUUAAGCAUAAAAUAAAUAGAAAAUUUGUUUGUUUUAUUUUUGUGAAUAUUGAAUAUAUCUCACUUCGAAGUGAGAAAAUGUUCACAUUUUCAUUCGCGCUACGGUCUCGUGAAAAUAUUUGAAAUUUUCUCACUUCUCAGUGAGAUAUAUUCCAUAUUCACUCAAAACAAACAAAUAUCCUCUAUAUAUUACCUGGUUAGAGUUACUGCUCAUCAUACAUUUACUAUUUUGCAAUUAGUUUGAAAAUUUUGUUGUUAAUUAAAUAUGUAUUAUUCUCAGUCUACAGGAAAGAGGUUUUUAUACAAGCUUUUAGCUUACUGCUCAAUCCUAUAUCACAUUAAUAAAUGUUUGUAUGAUACAUAUUUGGAAAAUAAAUUUUGUUUAACCAAGAGAUACAGCAAUUGGAUAAAUUGAUGGUGUUUGGAUUUUUGUGUGUAAUUCAGUAACCAGGUAAAUUUUCAAAAUAAUUCCCUCAGACUUUGUUCACGGUCUGCUUUACAAUUGUCUGAAAUUAUUUUUUACAUGAAUUGAAUAUAUAUUGAGUCUGACUGUAGUAAAAUUGCAAAAAUAUCGAAUAAAAGGCAUUAUACAGGUAGUGAACUUAUGAUGCACAUCCUUUUACUUGCAUAUGUUCAGUAGUUAUUUAGAACAUAAUUAUGACAAAAUUAUUGACUUUAUUGCUACCACUUAUAGUCAUCUUUUAUUUCUAUGAAAAUUUGCAUGUACAAUUUUGAGUAAAAUGGCCGCCACUGUGGCGAUGCCUUAAUAUAUUGAACUAUAUUCGAGAAAAAGGUAUUUUCAACGUGUCGGGUUAGAAAUGGCCGUAAGUGCAGACGGAUGGCAUAGUUACAGACUGGAAACCUUGAUCAUGACAUUGGUGCUACGAGCAUUGUAUUUUAGUAAUUAUUAUGUCUGCCACCACACAGUGGUGUGGGAGACGUAUUGAUUUACUCCAGUCUCUGUGUGUGUGUCUGUCUGUCACAAACCUGUCCGCACUCUAAGUCGAACAUUUUUCAUCCGAUCUUCACCAAACUUUUACAAAAUAUGUUUGACCAUAAGACCUCGGCCAAGUUCGAUAACUAGCCAAAUCGGUCCAGGCACUUCGGAAUUAUGGCCCUUGAAUUACCGAAAUAUGCUCAGGUCUUGGGAGCUAAAACGGCCCAAAUAUACUACUAAAUUAAUAGUAUAGGAAUCUCUUUGGGGCACUUUAUGUGCGCUCUAAGUGAAAGCUUCACCAAACUUGAACAAAAUAUGUUUGAC